CGCCCCUGCCCGGCUCGGCUGUCUUUGGCGCUGCCUGACCUGCUGUGCACGAAAACGAGGGUGACUUUGCUUUGGAUCCGUCUGGUUAGCAGCCUGAGUUUAUCAGUGUCAUCGUGGCUGGGGGACGCAGCGCCAGUGGUGCGGAGGUAAAUAGCUGGCGACUUCCAGGCGCACCGGCUUGUCUUCGGGCGAGCGGCUCAAGGGACCUAGGGCCCUGGUCUCUUCCCGUCAAGAUGGCGGCGCCCAGCGCGCACAGCGUCUCGGUAGCCAGAGGUUAAGCGCAGUGACGGCCGAGUGAGUGUGUGGCCGCCUUGCGGACUUCGAAACGCCCGCGUUUGGUUUCCCCGGCAUAUGCUGGAGUUUGUGAGAAGCUUCUAUAAUGGUCUGCUUGGCUCUCGUCAGAGCUGCCUAUGAGCACAUCUACCUGGUGAGGAAGGUCAGUCAUGCCUGCAGAUGCCACCAACAUCGGGCUUGGGGCUCAAGGGCAGCUGCAUCACAGUCUGCUGUCCAGGGUGCUCCAGGCAGUGUGCUGGAGCUACUUGGUAAGUCCUACCCUCAGGAUGACCACACUAACCUCACCCAGAAGGUCCUUGCCAAGGUGGGCAGGAACCUGCACAACCAGAAGUUCCACCCUCUGUGGCUGAUGAAGGAGCGGGUGAAGGAGCACUUCUACCAGCAGUAUAUGGUGCGAUCCAGGACACCUCUGUUCUCCGUCUAUGACCAGCUUCCUCCAGUGGUCACCACCUGGCAGAACUUUGAUAGCCUGCUAAUCCCAGCUGACCACCCCAGCAGGAAAAAGGGGGACAACUAUUACUUGAAUCGGGCACACAUGCUGAGAGCACACACAUCAGCGCAUCAGUGGGACUUGCUGCAUGCGGGACUUAAUGCCUUCCUUGUGGUAGGUGACGUGUAUCGUCGUGACCAGAUUGAUUGCCAGCACUACCCAGUUUUCCACCAGCUGGAGGGUGUCCGGCUCUUCUCCAAGCAUGAGUUAUUUGCUGGUGUAAAGGAUGGAGAAAGCUUGCAGCUCUUUGAAGAAGGUUCUCGCUCUGCUCAUAAGCAGGAGACACACACCAUGGAGGCCGUGAAGCUUGUGGAGUUCGACCUUAAACAAGUACUGACUAGGCUCGUGACACAUCUUUUUGGAGAUGGGCUGGAGGUUCGGUGGGUGGAUUGCUACUUCCCCUUCACCCACCCUUCCUUCGAGAUGGAGAUCAACUUCCGUGGAGAAUGGCUUGAAGUCCUUGGCUGCGGUGUGAUGGAGCAGCAGCUUGUCAAUUCAGCUGGUGCUCAGGAUCGAAUCGGCUGGGCGUUUGGCCUGGGAUUAGAGAGAUUGGCGAUGAUCCUCUACGACAUUCCUGACAUCCGCCUUUUCUGGAGUGAGGAUGAGCGCUUCCUGAAGCAGUUCCGCCUGUCAGACAUCAACCAGAGUGUCAAGUUUCAGCCUCUUAGCAAGUACCCUGCUGUGUUCAAUGACAUUUCAUUCUGGCUGCCCUCUGAGAACUACACGGAGAAUGAUUUCUAUGACAUUGUCCGAACAGUCGGAGGAGACCUGGUAGAAAAGGUUGAUCUUAUAGACAAGUUUGAACAUCCAAAGACACACAGGACCAGCCACUGCUACCGAAUUACCUACCGCCACAUGGAACGGACACUGUCCCAGAGAGAAGUCAGCAAUGUCCACCAGGCUGUGCAGGAGGCUGCCGUGCAGCUGCUGGGUGUGGAGGGCCGUUUCUGAUGCGGUGACAGUCCACAGGCCACAGCCCUCAUAGAGCUCCAGGGAGCACCAGGAAGGGGGAAACACAUUGUUUGUGAACUGGAGUGUCUGCCCUCACUUGACAGAUGGGUCUGCUUUAGGAUGUCACGAAAUAAAGGAUCACUUUUCAGAAGCA